AUGGAGACUGUGGUGCAGGACCACACGCCUCUCGCCGACUAUCUAAUAGGGGAGGGCGAGGCCGACGCCUCAGACUGGGCGACUCCCGAUCUCGAACCCGAUUUUUCCUCCUCACCACCAUCGAGCCCCGGGUUCGCUCCCAAGGGCCGACCAACUGUCAGGUCGAGGUUCCGAUCUAACGCGCCACCACCUAUACGACUGGAGAUACCAAAGAGGUCACCUCUGCGGAGCCUCAAGUCCAGGUAUUCGGCCGUCGUAACCUCUCGGAUCGAUAAAGCCGACAACGCCAAAUUCCUCGAGCAGUUCCGAUAUAUAAUCGUCGCCUCUCAACUCUUAACAGGCCAUGCAGGCUUCAGCCAGAACGCUUACCUGACGAGCACCCAUGAUCCGAACUCCAGCAAGACCCCGGGCGAGGAGCUGCCCCCAGCUCCGGCGGUUCUCGUCUCCGUAACCGGCGCCGUGGUGGCAGCUUUCCUUGCGGCUUGGCUAGCUGCCGGUGGCUACACUAGUCUAAACAAGAGGCGUUUGUUUCUUCUCGCCCUUUUGGUCGCCUUGGUGGCAGUAGUCGCUCCGAUAUACUUCAAGAGGCAAUGGGUCAAGUACCGGAGAGACCAAGCCAUCUCCGAGGUCUCGUCCUUCGUGUCCGCGUCACAGAGCCUCGAUAGUGCGAGCGGAGCGGCUUUGUCCCUAAUUCAGGAGGUUGAGCUGGUCUCCCGCGGUUAUAGAAUAAGCGCGCCCCUACCUCCCAUCAGCCGAAUCGAAGACCGAUCCCAAAGCCGAAAAUGCCUUCGUCUGCGCAGGGCGCUGAAGGCAUGCUACGUCGAAACCAUACCCGUCUACUCCCAGGCGACCGCCGUUGUCAAAGGCUUCUCUGAACAGCUCGACCUCGAGAAAUACUUUGAUAUCUAUGACAUCUCCGACUUUGACAUUUCGGACGCGAGGCGGGGUUAUUCCGAGGAAGAGUUUGAUGAUGCUGAGUCGUUGCGUACGCUCAAGGUCUUGGCCGCUAGGUUCCUCACGAUUCGGAAGAUGUUCCUUUGUGCACUGCUGGCGCUUGAUGCGAAUACUGAUGGGAACGACUUGAUGCGUUGGACUACCGCUGUCGAGGCAUUGAUCUCUUUGCGUCAGAAUACGAGCCAGGCAUACGAGCGACUUAGCACCGUGUUAAGCCAGGAAGAAUCAUUCCCGACCCCACCAACGCCCAAAGUGCCAUUGACUCCAGGUCGCGAACGCUGGAGGUCUCAGAUGAGAAAACUCAACUCUUUAUCUACCGGCAUCCGCGGCCUCCAAGCCAAACUCCAACUCCUACGCGAAGAGUCAGACCGAGCCCUCGACGAAUCAUCCGACAUCUCCGAGCUAGGUCCUACCCUGAUGUCACAGUACGACUCCAUUGGCGUCGACCUCAAGGAGCUCAUCCAGGCAUGGGAGGAAGGCAAGGCAGCCCUCGCCCUCGGCAUCGAUAGGAACGAAAAGCGCCUCUCCUCCAUAAGCACUCUCAUCUCGCCCUCGUCAUCCCUCAGCGGCCUCACUACCGUCGAGGAAGGAACAGUCCAGGAUGCGUUCAAGAUUCUCAACGGCGACGCCCGUCCCGCGACGAUGUUGCCCGAGGACUUCCCUGGUGAUGCAGAGGUGUUGUUCGAGGCCGUGGCGCUGCCGCGGCCGAGAUCUCUGCUUACAAGGGAAGAGAGGAUCGCCAAGAUGAGAGAGGAGCGGGAGAGGAAAGAGCAGGCGAGGGAGAAGGUGGAAUCCACCAGGGGUAUGCUCCGGGAGUUGGAGAUGGUUAUUAAUUUGAGACCGAGACCGAGGACGAUGCCUGCCAGCGGUCGCGUCGUUUCCAUGUGA